UCAGCAUCUGUUUUAGCUUCUUACUCAUCCAUUUUACUGCCUGUCGGUGUGUUUAUUUCCUGCCCUCCAGGUCUGGUGAAGGCUCCUCUGAAGAGGUCUCGCUCCACAGCUGACGGCACGGACGAGGACAGCCAGGACCAGCUUCAGGACCAGCUGCUGGAGUCUGGAGGUCCAGAAGAAGAGCAGAGGACCGACAACACGUCCCUACUGCGCCUCCUGGAGGAGGGGGAGAAGAUCCAGCACAUGUACCGCUGUGCCAGGGUGCAGGGCCUGGACACCAGCGAGGGUCUGCUGCUGUUCGGGAAGGAGCAUUUCUACGUCAUCGACGGCUACACCAUGACCGUCUCCAGGGAGAUCAGGGACAUCGACACCCUGCCGCCCAAUUUGCACGAGGCCAUCAUUCCCAGAGGGGCGCGGCAGGGCCAGAGCCAGCUGAAGAGAACCUGCAGCAUCUUUGCUUACGAAGACAUCAAGGAGGUUCACAAGCGGCGCUACCUGCUGCAGCCGAUGGCGGUGGAAGUUUUCUCAGCCGAUGGAAGGAACUACUUGUUGGCUUUCCAGAAAGGCGUUCGCAACAAAGUUUACCAAAGGUUCUUGGCUGUUGUGCCGUCGCUGGCUGACAGCUCAGAGUCUGUUUCAGGCCAGAGGCCCAACACCAGCGUCGAACAAGGGUCUGGACUUCUCAGCACGCUGGUUGGUGAGAAGUCAGUCACUCAAAGAUGGGAGCGAGGUGAGAUCAGUAACUUCCAGUACCUGAUGCAUCUGAACACGCUGGCGGGACGCUCGUACAACGACCUGAUGCAGUACCCGGUUUUCCCCUGGAUCCUGGCCGACUUCGACUCAGAGGAGUUGGACCUGAACAACCCAAAGACGUUCCGAAACCUGGCCAAGCCGAUGGGCGCCCAGACCGACGACCGGCUCACCCAGUACAAGAAGAGAUACAAAGACUGGGAGGAUCCCAACGGUGAAACCCCAGCGUACCACUACGGGACCCACUACUCCUCCGCCAUGAUCGUUGCCUCGUAUUUGGUCCGGAUGGAGCCAUUCACGCAGAUUUUCCUCAGACUUCAGGGAGGUCACUUUGACCUUGCAGACAGGAUGUUCCACAGCGUCCGGGAGGCGUGGCUCUCCGCCUCCAAACACAACAUGGCCGACGUCAAGGAGCUGAUCCCAGAGUUCUUCUACCUGCCUGAGUUCCUGCUGAACUCCAAUAACUUUGAUCUGGGUGCCAAGCAGAACGGCACCAAGCUGGGUGACGUCAUCCUCCCGCCGUGGGCCAAAGGUGACCCCCGGGAGUUCAUCAGAGUCCACAGAGAGGCGCUGGAGUGCGACUACGUCUCCGCUCACCUCCAUGAGUGGAUCGACCUGAUCUUCGGCUACAAGCAGCAGGGGCCGCCGGCCGUGGAGGCCGUCAACGUCUUCCACCACCUGUUCUACGAGGGGCAGGUGGACAUCUACAACAUCAACGACCCGCUGAAGGAGACGGCCACCAUCGGCUUCAUCAACAACUUCGGACAAAUCCCCAAGCAGCUGUUUAAGAAACCUCAUCCUCCCAAACGCGUUCGCAGUAAAACCAACGGCGACCUAGCAGCCGUUCCGACGAACUCCAACAACGACAAGAUCUUUUUCCAUCACCUGGACAACCUCAGACCUUCUCUUGCUCCUGUCAAAGAGCUGAAGGAGCCUGUGGGUCAGAUCGUUUGCACUGAUAAAGGCAUCCUGGCUGUGGAGCAAAACAAAGUUCUGGUUCCACCCACCUGGAGCAAAACGUUCGCCUGGGGCUACGCCGACCUCAGCUGCCGCUUGGCCAACUACGAGUCCGACAAGGCCCUGGUGGUGUACGAGUGUCUGUCGGAGUGGGGCCAGAUCCUCGGCGCCAUCUGUCCCAACCCAAAGCUCGUCAUCACCGGGGGGACGAGCACCGCCAUCUGCGUGUGGGAGACAGGAAGCUCCAAGGAGAAGGCCAAGUCUCUGACGCUCAAACAGGCGUUACUUGGCCACACGGACGCCGUGACGUGUCUGACCGCGUCGUCGGCGUACCGCAUCGUCGUCAGCGGCUCCCGGGAUCGGACCUGCAUCAUCUGGGACCUCAACAAGCUGUCCUUCGUCACACAGCUGCGUGGCCACCGCGCGCCCGUCUCCGCUCUCUGCAUCAACGAGCUGACAGGUGACAUCGUCUCCUGCGCAGGAACCUACAUCCACAUGUGGAGCAUCAACGGCAGCCCCAUCGCCAGCGCCAACACCUUCACCGGCCGCAGCCAGCAGAUCCUCUGCUGCUGCGUGUCCGAGAUGAACGAGUGGGACACGCAGAACGUCAUCGUCACCGGACACUCCGACGGAGUCGUCAGGUUUUGGAGAAUGGAGUUCCUACAAGUCCCAGAAACCCCUGCGCCAGAGCCAGUGGAGCCCGACGUGUCCGACUGCUGCGCGGAUGAGAAGAUCGAAGGCGGCGAGAGUCACAAUGGCGACGAUGACAGCAGCGAGUCAGAAGGAGAGGAACCGGCGGCGCCGCGCAACCCUUCGACCGGCGGAGGCAGCGGCAGCCAGCCGGGCAGCGCCGUCCACCGACCCAGAGGUCCGUCAUCCAGAGCCGGAGCGUCGUGGUCGAUGGACAGCGGCUCUGACGACUCUCACCGCUGGUCGGACACGCUCAGCAUCGACGAGAAAGACGGCUUCGUGUUCGUCAACUACUCCGAGGGCCAAACCAAAGGCCCCCUGCCUCCGUCGGCUCACCCAGCCCAGGCGUCCCUCCCUCAGUCUGUCCAUCCGCCGGCCGCCGAGCCGCGGACCUACAACCAGCUCAAAGCAGGAUACAGAUGGGAGCGUCAGCUGGUCUUCCGGAGCAAACUCACCAUGCACACAGCGUUCGAUCGCAAGGACAACGCCCAUCCGGCCGAGAUCACCUCACUCUCCAUCUCCAAGGACCACAGUAAGAUCCUGGUCGGAGACGGGCGCGGCCGGGUGUUCAGCUGGUCGGUGAGCGACCAGCCCGGCCGCUCGGCGGCUGACCACUGGGUGAAGGACGAGGUGGUGGACAGCUGCUCCGGCUGCACCGUCCGCUUCUCCCUGACCGAGCGACGCCACCACUGCAGGAACUGCGGGCAGCUCUUCUGUCAGCGGUGUAGUCGCUUCCAGUCGGAAAUUAAAAGGCUGAAGAUUUCAUCUCCAGUGCGAGUUUGUCAGAACUGCUACUACAACCUUCAGCACGAGCGAAGCGUCGACGACGGCGGCGCCAAAAACUGAUAGGUUAGCAAACCGCCUGGAUCUGCCCUCCGUGUGACCUGAAACCUCCCAGAAUCCCAAUCCUCUCAAACGCCACAAUGUUUGAUUUGCACGGAGAUCGGAACCAGAUCGAAAGGAAAACGUGGGAAAGAAACUCAGCCAUCACUGUAACCACAUGCACUCAUCAUCCGGAGGGAAAAAAUAGCCAAGCAGCUAAUCUGAAUCAAUCCCCCCCCAUUUUCGAAGAUACUCUUCCUCCUUCUGUCACCAUUAAAAACAAAAAGAAAAAAAAAGACUUGUUCAUAGUGUAAAUACGUAACCACGGCCUUUUUAACUCUGCAAACACAACAAAAAUGAAGGUCAUCUAGAAAAACAACAGCUUGCUUGUAACUUAGCGAUGUGACUAACCACUCCUUGAUUUAAAACAAAACUACAGAUUGUGUGUAACCUGCGUCACAAGCCACAGCGAGUACAGAAGACGUACGGAGGGAUAUGAAUGUCAAAACUUUAUGUCUGUGGGUGGAGUUAUGCAAAAAUCACCUUUUUUAUAUAUAUAUAAAUAUAUAUAAAUAAUUUCCAGAUCACUUUGUUGUUUACAAAAUGUGACAUCGAUCAUAAAAUCACCAUUUUUUGCCAAAUAGUUUUGUUUUUUCAGCCUGUCAUCUCCUCUGUCCUUCGUCGUUUUCCAUUUGGAGGUUGUUGUAUUUUUUAUCAUGGUUGCUGCUGCGCUCUGAAGACUGGAUCAGUUCAGAUUUUUAAACAUAUCAGUUUUAUUCUUUCUGUUUUUACGAGUUCAUCCAAAAAGGCGGAGAUUUGUUUUAAAAUGUGAAUUUAUUCUCCGACAUCCACAUUGCAGUCAAAGCAGCUUUUUAGAAGCACACAGAAAAGGGACAUCUUUAUUUUUACAUCUCUCUACACAAUCUGUUUUUAAUUCUUCUAGCUGCAACCUAAUUUAAGAGAAGACCUUGGUUAUCCCUCAACAAUAUCCGUUAUAUUUGAAAAGUUGGGCAAAAACAGCCGAACUGGGUUAAAAAUGCGUUUUUAAAUGCCACUUUAUGAUUUUAUGUUUGAUUUCUGUGGUGAAAUGUUGCCCAGCAGAGAUGGUGUGGAGGAUUUAAAGGGACAAUAAAUGCAGCUAGAGUUUUCUAUACCACCAAAGUUUUUAUUUCAGCUCAAACGUCACCAAAAACGUGGAAAGUUGCAGCAUUUUGACACAUUUCCAUAACGAAGGCGCCAUAUUUUUUCCUCUGAUUGUCCAGUUUUUAAUCUCCUCAAAUUUAAAGAACAAAAUUUUAUGAAUUCAUGGCUAAGAUAAAGUUUUUCACCUUGUUUACUUUCGAUUUAGUCCUCUUUAUUGUAAAAUUUGAUUGGCUUACAUGCAGAUGACAAACUGGUAUUUUUCUGUCGGGUCAAAUAAAGAGCUUAGCCAAAAACCUCCUGAUUAAAAGUCGAUCUAAAAACCUAGAACUGCUUUAGGGAGUAAUUCCUAUAUAGUUUGUACACGUCAUGUGUGUAGGAAGUACGAAUACCUUGGGAUUCCUCAGAAUCAGCUUGAGAGUUUAGCUCAUCCUGCCCACAACACCAAUAUUGAAAAGCAAAAGUAGUAAGAGGAAUAUUAUAAUAUCUAAGAGUCCUUAUGCAUUUCUAAUAUCACUGGCCUAAAGUAACAAAGAACUGAAUGGUGUUUUUAAAUAUGAAGGUCAUUAAAAGCUCCAUGAUGGGUUUUCUGUACAAUUUCAUCCAAUAUCUGCAUUGGCUUUACAGAAUUAAACUAAUAUUACUGUCAGUUACUUUCAACUAAAUGCUUCCCCCCCCUCACAUUUUAUAUGAACUACAGAAUUAUUUCUUUUUAAAUUUUAACAAAUUCACCUUGUAGACAUUUACUUAUAAAAAUAUCUUCUUUCUUGUUUGUUGUUCAAAGGGUCUUGAAAAAUCAUUUUGUUGUUGUUGGCCAGUGGGGGCCAAACUUUAAACCUGUGGCCAAAACUGACUAAUUUAAAUUACAAACUGCCCACAGAUUUCAUUGACCUGU